AUGGACCACCGAUCGCAGCAACACGGAGCGUCGCGCCCAUCCGAACGCGCUCUGAUUCACAACCCGAAUCACCAUCCGCCGUCCACCCACCCGACGCCCAGCUCGACUGCCUACCUUCCUCCUCACUCGCACGCGACCGCACAACCACAGAUCCAUAUGCCCAUGUCGGACCCAUUUCAACGUCGCGAACGAGAUCCGUUCUUCCCGAACGCGCCGCAACAUCAGCGACAAGGCAGUUAUGGCACACCCGGGCGGGAAGCACCGUAUAGCGUCCCCCCAGAGCGAGCACCGUUGCCGUCAUGGGCAAGUCCUGCAGCUCCUGCAUCAUCGUCCACCUCCAACCUGCAACCCCUCCAGCAGCACCAGCAACAACACCAUCAUCACCAUCAUCACCACCCCUCGCAUCUUCCUCCACCUCCACCACCUCCACCAUCAUCAAUAACCUCGCAUUCAGCCAUUCCUGGUUCCUACGAGCAACGACGAAGAUCAAUAGGGAGCGCGAGCUCCUCCAACUACUUUGGCCAACCGCCACAGGGCGCCCAAGAUCCUCCGCCUCCGCCACCUCCACCAUUUACUGCGAGAUCAACAAUUACUCCAUCACCCUCCGCCACAUCGAACCCCGCGACAUCGCGCCCGCCGCCCCCCCCCCCUUCCUUUGUUGGUCAUCAUCGCAACAUGAGCAAUCCACCAUCGAGCAACCGAGCUGGUAGUGGCAUGUCGAUAUCGUCGCUUCUUGGGACUGACUCCGGACGGCCACGAACCGAACAUCGAUCUCCCCCAUCGGCGCCGAAUACCGCUCAAGCGCCUUCAUCCCCGAGAAAUCCAUAUACGGCUUAUAGACAUGGUUCUGAAGCGCCCUUCAGCGGAUCGCCUUCACAACCGUUCAACCGACCGACUGCUGCAUCACCCGAGAUCGCGCGGCUCGGCCACCCAUAUUCACAACCACACGGCGCACCUCCUGAUAACCGACCGUUUCAUCCUCCCCACGCACUCGACCCGAACGAGCGAUUGCCACCACGGUUCGGUGACGGCCCUUCGCCUCCACGACCCAACAGUCAGCCAACUGGAUACGGACAGCCCCAUCGAGAUCCAUACAAAAACGAAGCGUAUCCUCCAAGAUGGCGCGAAGCUCAUUACGACCCACACGCGAGCCCUGGCCGACCCACGCAAGAUCAACGCUACGGUGCUCCCCGAGAGGACCACUAUGGAGGCCCGGGGAAUGAUCGAGAUCGGCCAGUCACGGUCCAUCCGGUCUCACAGUCGGCAUAUAGUCCUCCCCGAGAUGCGCGACCGCCUGCGGGAGGCGCCUCGCCCCGCGAUGCAUAUGGACGCCCGGUCCUCCGCCAGGAGCCACCGCAAGACCCAUUCCGCGACAGUCGCCGCUCUCCGGAGGAAUACAGGCAGCCUCCACGAUCGGUACCAACACCGAAUGUUUCAGGCCCUGGAAUGCCGCCAAGGGCGGAUGAGGUGGGACGACAUGCCGGAUACGAUCAAGUCGUGGCAAGAUCGGUUGAGCAACUACAUGUUGCACAAGAUCAGCGAGAUGGAUACCGGCCGAUGGACGACCGCCACGUGUCGGGAGGAUCUAUGCUCGAUCGAAAAGCAGAGGAGCCGGCUGCAGGUCAUGACCCCUACCGCCCUCAUCCAUAUGACCAUCCGCAACCGCUUGGAGAGGAAAUGCUCCGUUCCCGCUCCUUACUUGGGGUCAGUCCGGAAGCCACUCGACGCACCGGACGCGCAUCACCCCUCCCGCAGGCUGUGCAAGGAGCGCAAGCACGAUUCAAUGGGCCGGGAGGCGAUCCUAACGUCAAAAGCGAAUUCGGUCGUAUGUUUUCCGGCCUUGGCGGACUCGGCGGCGCCCCAGGAAUAUCGACACCGACCCGCCAGAGUCCCAUGCCGGGCGAAGGAAACGGCGCAGAUAUGAUGAGGUCCGGUUCUCGAGGACUGAAACCGAAGAGACCCAAAGAGGACGGUGCGCGACGGGGAGGUGAGAAAGGAGAUGGAAGAGGCACGCCCUCGGAUCCUUCGGGGCGGGCAAAGCGAACCAAGUUGAACCACUCGGCGCAUCAUCACCACCAUCACGCUGCUCCUCAUCACCACCAUCAUCACCAUGCGGGAGAAGAUGCCGUAUCCGUCCCGGCACCGACGGGGUCUCCUGCCAACCUCAACCAAUUUAUGCACAAAUUCAACUCCGCCGCUGCCCCGACCGCUCCACAGCCCACUACCACGCCCGUCCCACACCACCACCACCACAUCGCACCAACCCGUCAUCAUCACCACAAUGGCAAAUCCCCCGCCGCCGCUGUGACGCCCACUCUCGCCCCUCCACCGCGCCCCAACUUCAAAGAGCUCCUCCAGCCUAUCCUCUCCACCGUCGCGGAAUACCCCCGCAACCACCUCGGCGACGGGCUCUACGUCUGCAAAGCGCGCCCGCCGCGCGCCCACCAAAGCUCCUGGGACCGCGGACCGACCUACGCGUCCGUGCCGGAGCCCAUGAAGGAUUUCCGGUCCCUCGGCGCCAAGGCAUACAACUGCACCUACACGAUCCGUGUGCCGCGGUAUUACCUGUCUGCGCAACACCGCGAGGUCGUGUGUCGGGACGGUAAUCUGUGGGGCACGGAGGUGUACACGGACGACAGCGACGUGCUGGCGGCGGCGAUGCAUUCGGGGUUCAUCCGUGGCGAGUUUGUGGACGUGGACGACGAGGACCUGGCGAUCAUCUACGACCUGCCGCCGGGGAUGAGCGUGCAGAGCGCCGACACGGCAGCGGCGGCAGCCCCAGGGAGCAGUGCGGCGGCGCCAACGGGUCCGCGAACGACCCCGCCCAAGAUCCCCGGCGCCCCCCCUUCCCCGCCGGCGGAACCGCGGAGGGACAGCGGUGAUACAGGGAGCCGGGACAUCAUCACGUCCCCGCCCCUGAUCCCCGCGGUACCUCCGCCGGAGCGCGACGCGCACAUCACGUUGCAGCUGCUGCCGGCGCUGACGGUGUAUCCGCCGCACACGCGGAACGGGAUUGGGUCGCGGCGGUGGGGAGACAACCACGAUGGGAUCAGUUUCCGGGUCCUCAGCGUCGAGUGGGUGGAUGAGGGGGUGGAGACGCGGGGGUGGGAGCGGAGUGCGAAGGGGAGGAAGGAGCGGUUAAGGGAUUUGUUGAGGCGGAAUGAGGAGGUGAAUGUCUGGGUGCAGCGGAGGGCGGUGGAGAGGGAGAGGGGGAGGGAGGGGAGGGGGGAGAAUGGGGGGUUGGUGGAGGUGAUUUCUGGAUAG